AUGGAUGGGAAAAAGUUAGCAUAUAAAAAUGGGUAUCCAAAAGACUACAUGGCAGAGACAUCAAACAACAAAGAUGGAUAUCCUAUAUAUAGGAGAAGACAAACAGAAACUGUCCAACGACUUGGUCUUUUAGAAGAUGAUGAUGCUGCAUCUAUAUGCUUAGCCGAAGCUUUAGAAGUACAAUUACCUGAUGCUUUGAGACGACUUUUUGCAACAGUUUUGAUUUUCUGUCAACCAAGUGAUCCAUCUGCUUUAUGGGAAAAGUAUUACACAGCAUUGUCAGAAGAUUUCAGCCAUAAAUUUAAGGGUGAUACUGAUAAAAUCAAGCAGCUAACUAAAACAAGAGAUAUAGCAGACACUCUAGAUGCAGCUAUUCCUCAGGAAUUCAUAAAUACAAAGGAACGUUUGAAUACAGCACAAUUUCAAGCAGCUCGUGAAGACCUUGCAUUUUGCUCAUUCUUGUUAUCUCUUGGCAAUGGUGAAUUACAAAAAAGUGAGAGCGAUUACGUCAGACUACCUGAUGGAAUGAUUCAACACUUGCUCGUGGAAGAAGAUCCCAUUUUGAAGAUUAUAAAUGCAACAUUUCCAGAACUUGAGAAGGGAACAAUAACAUCAGAUAUCGUUGCAGAUAGGGAAAUCUUAACACCCAUGAAUGACGAUGUUGAUUUAGUGAAUUUAGUCUUAAUAGAUCGAUUUCCAGGAGAAUCAGUAACUUACAAAAGUUUUGAUGUAAUGCUCAAUGAUACAUGCAACAUUUAUCCGACAAAGUUUAUAAAUAAACUUUGUCCAGGAGGAAUGAGUCCCCAUCAGCUCGUCCUUAAGAAGGAUUGUCCAGUAACUUUGUUACGCAACAUAAUGCCUUCUGAAGGACUCUGUAAUGGUACAAGAUUAGUUUGUAAGACCUUUCUACCCAACGUUAUUGUCUGUGAGAUCUCUGUUGGACAAUACAAGGGUACACCUGUUUUUGUACAUCGAGCAAAUCUACGACCUCCCGCAAAUAGCAGCUAUCCCUUUGCUUUUGAAAGGAAACAAUUUCCAAUUAAGCUAUGUUUUGCCAUGACAAUUAAUAAGUCACAAGGGCAGACAUUGAAUCAAGUAUCAAUAUAUCUUCCUCGGCCGUGUUUUUUCACAUGGUCAGUUGUAUGUGGCACUAUCUCGUGCUAA